AAAUGACUAAUGUUUAUUUUGUUUUGAGCCAGUCUUACAGUUUUAUAUGUAAUUAGUGUCGGUGUCGGUAGUGUUUUUCUACAUAGAAAUUUUUAUAUUGUUUAUGAGUCAUCCACCACUGUGUCCAUUUUCAGUGUAGGAAUUUAAUAAACUGACAGGAUAAAAUGUUUUCGAGCGCUCCCAACUACACCAAAUUGAAGACCAAUCUUCGUUUAGCCGUCAAUCGAUUAAAAUUACUAGAGAAAAAGAAAACGGAGCUUGCUCAAAAAGCUCGGAAAGAGAUUGCUGAUUAUCUUGUCGCAGGAAAACCUGAAAGGGCUAAGAUUCGUGUAGAGCAUAUAAUCCGGGAGGACUACCUGGUGGAGGCAAUGGAGAUAGUAGAAAUGUAUUGCGAUCUGAUUUUGGCUCGAUUUGGUUUGGUUACCCAGAUGAAGGAAAUCGACGAAGGGAUUGAGGAAGCUGUAAGUAGUAUCGUUUGGGUAGCCCCAAGGUUACAGGCAGAUGUCCAGGAGCUGAAGAUUUGCGCCGAUGUGUUCACUAUUAAAUACGGCAAACAGUGGGCUGAAUCGGUUCGUGCGGCAGUUCCACCACACAAAGUUUCGGAUAAACUGAUGCACAAGAUGGCCAUUCAAGCUCCUCCGAAACUAUUAGUGGAAAAGUAUUUGAUAGAAAUUGCUAAGAUUUUUAACGUUGACUAUGAACCUGACCCAUUGGUGAUGCAAAAUGAUAAGCCUAAUCUGGCGGACAGUAUUCUGAUUGAUUUGUCAGAUAGAAAUAACUUGGAUGGAGGUGGAUCUUCGUCGGGUGGUGGUGGAGGCACUGGCGGGGUGCCAGCACCGCCCGGAUUUAUUGGUUAUCCACAGCCACCGAAUUUGCCACAGUUACCAAAUUUGCCACCAACGGUGCCGUUUAAUUAUCCACAGGGCCCGAGUGGACAAAAUUUUGGCUCAGCAUCAGCGCCACCAUUCAAUUAUAAUAUUCCACCUAACUCAUCGGAAACAAUGCCUGACGAAGAAAAAGAUUUGAACAUCAACUCCAACUUCCUAAAUCAGGAAAAAAGAAGUGAUUUGGGACCACCGCCAUCAUAUGCAUCGCUUAGUCCGGAUGACAAUAUGCAGAACUCAUCGAAACCAAAACCGCAGCCCCGGUCAAAGAUUUCGCCGGAUAUGAACUACCCAGUACUACCAAACGUUCCUUCGGAUCUACCGGAUGUUCCAAACGAUGACAAUCCAGGCGCCGACCAGGACAAUGACGAGAUCGACUUUGACGAACUUUCGAGACGGUUUGAGGAACUAAAGAAGAAAAAAUAACGGUUGGAAUUUGUUUCGUGUUUCCGAGCAUGGCGUUUCCUGGGGAUGUUUUAAAUAAACGAAAGCGGAAGGAAGACGGAACUUUCGAUUUUGAAGAUUGCUAGUAUAAGUAAAUAAUUAUAAUCUUGCUUAGUAUAUGCGAAUAAUAUGAGCUUAUGUUUCGUUACAUUUCAAUCCUAAUAAAGAUUUUUGUUAAGGUA